GUAAAAGGACUUAAUGACCUUUACAAUAAACUUGCAUGGAGAGAGGAUGUGAAUGACUUUAAUUUAUACUUUGUCGUGCCAUCAGACAUUUUUGAAACAUUCCCCUUGCAAAAAUAUAAGAUAGAUAAAGGCAAGAAAAUUCCGGAAUGGAUUAAUAGCAUAACCCAAUAUGCAUUAGAGAUCGACUUAGAAAUUUUUAAUAAAGGCGCGAAAAAACGAUCUAGUGAUGCAAUAUCGGGAGAUGAUGAAAAUGAGGAAACGACGGAGAAGGGAACAAAUAAAGACGUGAAAAAAAGAAAACUGGAAAAGAUUGGGGAAGACGACGAAACUGAGGAAGCGUCAGGGAUAAGAAGCCAAAUGACCAAAAUUGAAACCAAUGUAGAUGUAGCUGAAGCUGAUAUAGUUGAAGUGGAAGAUGUUGUUGAAUUAGAUGUUAUUGAAGAAGUAGAUGUCGUUGAAGAAGUAGAUGUCGUUGAAGAAUUGAUGUAA